AUGCCCUUGAUGCUGGUUUCCGUGUUUUCGGAAUCCCGGUGUGCGUUUGCUGCUUGGUCCCUGGGGACUGCCCAUGGCGCUGUGCUUCUAUCCUCUUGGCGACCCUCACAGAGUGCUCUGGUACUAUUGGCCGUCUCAUCUAUGCGUGCAAUUGGGUUUUCUGAGCCUGACGCUACUGGUGUCAUGGUUUUGUGGAGAGCUCUUGGUGCGAACCUUGUGCUCUACCUCUUCUGGACCGUUGCAUUUGCGCCGUGGGACUACUAA